AUGUCCGGACGUCCUGGAACGAGCUCUGGCCAACGCCCCGGCACCGGAGCCGGCGGUGGCCCCAAUGGAGCUGCACCCGUGGGAGGUCUCCCAUCGGGUCGACCUGGCACGGGGCAGAGUCUCAACCCGAUCACGGGAGUUCGUCCUGGAACGGGCCAGCGUGGAAUGCUUAGCUCUGCUUCGGGCGGGCGGCCGCUGACUGGGAGACUGGGAACGGGUCAACAAGCGCCCGCUACUCCAGGCCAGACGGCGGGCUUCGGCAUUAGCCUCAACACGGAGGUGAACGUCUCCGAUCGCCCCGUGACUCAGCAGGGCAUGAUGGGCAUGCGCAUUGGCACUGGAAGUGCCGGACCUGGGCGACAGGUGCAGGACGCGUCCUACUUCAAAGGCAAACUGCACAGCAAGACGGCGGAGAUCACGAGCGAGAUCGAGAAGCUGCAGCGCGAGAUCGAGCAGGACGCCAAAGACAAGGCGCAGUGCGCGCAGCUCGAGCGCAAGUACGAGACCAUGGCGCUCGAGGUGCGCGACCUGGAGGGCCAGCUCGCGGACUACAACCUGGCCAUGGACAAGAUGCGCAGCGCCACGGAUCCCGCGGAGAUCCGCCAGGUGCAGGAGCAACUGCACCAACGCAACGCCAAAGAGGCCGAAGACGUCGACCGCGUCUUCCUCAUGAACAAGGAGCAGGAGAAGAGCGUGCGCAACAUGGAGGCCGAGAUGACGGAGAUCCACGGCAAGCACCAGGACAAGAUCAACCAGUUGGCGCCGCAAAAGCUGCAGCGCUACAAGGAGCUGCUGGAGGAGCACCAUCAGACGGAGGUGGAGAUCGAGGCGCGGUCCCAGGAGCUGGAGCUCGUCAUGCACGCCAUCCACCAGAAAGAAGCCGAGCUGAGCUCCGACCGCUAUCGAGACGAGUACGAGGCGCUCGAGCGUCAGGUGCGUCGUCUUCAGAAGGAGCGCGACGCGGCCGAGGAGGACGCCAAGACGGCGCAGAUGGACCCGAACGAGGCGCGCGCCGUGCUUUUGGCCAAAGUCAAAGAGGACAAGAGCAAGAUGGAGGCGCUCGAAGGCGUGCUCCAGUCCACAGCGGCCGAGAAGGCGGAGCUCACCAAAGCUCUCGCUGACCUUCAGAGCGAUCUGGACGAGCGCGCGAGCGGCAGUGACCCGGCGCACAAGUACGAGGCGCUCUUCGCCAAAGACAAGGAGAUGACGGCCUUCCUCGAGCAGUUCCCGGCCAAGAAGGAGGCGGAGAUGCAGGCCCAACGCACAGCCCAAGUGGUGAUCGUUCAGCUACUGGAGCACAUUUCAGCAGGCAUGGCCAAGGAGGACAAACUGCCGGGCACCAACGCCGCCAAUCUCGAGGAGAUGCGACGCGACUUGAGCUUCAAGGAGCGACAGCUCGAGUCGUCCGUCACCACCAAGCAGCGGCUGACCAUGGAACUGCAGAAGCGUCAGGCGGAGCUGGACAAGGUCAACACGCUGGACGCCAAGAUCGCGCUGGAGCUCAGCAGUCUGCUGCAGAAGAUGGACACCAUGACGGCCGACAUGGCCGAGUUCGAUAAGCUGGACCAGCUGCAGGAGAUCCACGCGCAGACCAAGCAGCACCUGCUCCGCCUCAAGAAGCAGUACAUCGGCCGUCGCGACGCCAUGCGUCAACAGGUCACAGCUCUCACCACGCAGCUCGAGAACUUGGUGCAGGAGACUGCCUCGCAGGAGACAGCCAAGAACUUGGACGCACUGGAGCAGAAGCUGCGGCACCACGAGCAGAACAUCUUCCACUUGAAGGAGUACAUCGACUCCAAGUCUCGGGAGGUCGACUACGAGCACCUCAAGCAGGACUGCUUCCGCACACUACAGGACCUCAACACGCUCCACGUCGCGCAGCAACAGCGUCAGCAGCAGCUCAACCUCGGCAUUGCAGGUGGUCUGUAA